GCACACACACACACACACACACACACACACGCGCGCGCGCGCGCGCGCGCAAAAUAAUUAUUCUCGACUAUUUUUAAAAGGUCAGAAACUGAGAUGACCUUCUGUAUAGUGUUGCUUCGCGAUGUUCCCCAAAAUUACCCCGUAUUGAUUAUGCAUGUCCGAAAUAUUUAUUUGACGUAUCACCUCGUCCCAAUGGAUCUGCCAUUCAAUUCAAGCUUACAUAUGCUUGUGACAGGUAUGUUACAUGAAAUAAUUCUUAUACAUUUUAUAUUAAGCAAAUCAAUAACUGCAUAAAAUCUUUAACAUUUUUGCUUUAUAUACUUAGAUAAUCUUUGAAAAUAAACUAAGAUUACGUAAAUAACAAAUUAAGAAAAAUUAAAGAAAGACUUAGAAAAUUUUUGAUAUUUAUUUUUAUAGAAUCUCUCUUAUUUGCCUUGUUAUUUUCCUGCCAUACCGUGUUGUUGUUUUCCUGAAAAACCGUCUGAAAAAAAAGCAACUUGUCUCAAAUGGUUUGACUGUACUGGUAAACCAGUUUUAAAAAGUCAACAUAAUUAUAUACGUAGUUUUAUCAAUUAAUAAUUACUGCAAGUGAUGAGAAUUUACUUAGAAAAGUCGUUACUUAGAAAAGAUAAAAAAUAUGGUAUACAAAAAGUUUUAACGUAAUGACUAAUUUAAUGAAAGUAUGAAGGUAAUCUUAAUUGUCAAAAUAAAAAAAUUAUUUAAAAACCACAUUAAAAAAUGUAUUGGCAUAAUAUGUACACAGAGUAUAUUAUGGAAAAAAAAAAUACAUCGGUUUCUCAAACAAAAGAUUGUUAAUUGAUUAAACAAAUAUUUAGCAAUUUUGAUAAAAAAUAACAUUUAAAAUUUUCAAGUUAAUAAGAAGAAUGUCUUGCUAUACUAAUAACAAGAAGAAACAAUCAAGUACAUUGCCCCCACCGUGUUAUCACUGCAAACCGCCACCAUUUUAUUGUCCAGACAACGGCUGUUUAUUACCUCUUGAACCAAGACUUCCUACAUAUUAUCAUGAUCUAUCUUCAUGUCCACCAUUGACGUGUAAAAGAAAACCAGAACCCUUGCCAUUACCACCUACUAUAUGCAUCGCUGGACCUUGCUCACAACCAUCAGCUCCAAAAUCAUAUUACUGCCCGUCAGCACCGAAAAUAUUACCACCAUCCUCUUGUGUUCGAUUUUGCAUUCGAAACACGAACGAAGGAUCGAGCUGUUAUCCUUGUUACUGGUCUACUUUACCAAAAUGUCCUAGUAACAUCUGUUAGGAUUAUCUAACAGCGUACUAAUACAGAAUCAAAAAGAAACUUUUACUUUAUAUUUAAUGAGAAUAAAGCAAAUUUAC